UGGAAAUAUUCAUUUAUUUAUUUGUUUUUUUUUUCCUUUCACUUAAGUAGGAUAAUACGGAUACAUAUAGUAAAAUUUGCUCUUUCUUUAUCUCUUUAUUGAGACACACACCUCGAUUGAGUUAAUUAAUGAAAAAAUAUUUUAAAGGAGUAAAUAACUUUAAUUCCAUUUUCAAGCUACUGGAAUUUAAUAGGUGUCAUACUAGAUCUUGUAAAGCAUAUUUUUUAUAAACCCUAUACAAAGACUUUAUGAGUAAAGUUAAUCAUAUUUGGGAUAGUUGUUAGGAAUUGAUGACAAUAAUAAACACACAUUCGAUGACAUUGCGACAAAUCGCAUAGAAAUAAAAAUAUCAAAAAAUAAACAUAUGGAACAAAGAUCCAUUAUUUUAAAAACCUAAGAAACACAGAUUUCUUCUCUAUGCAUGCUCUAUGCUUAACCCACUAAAAUGACAGAAUUGUAAAAAAUAAAAAAGUUAAUUUGAAAAUAAAUCAAUAACAUUUUUUGAUGAAAAGCCCUUUGUAAAGUGUUUACACAAUAAGUUAUUUGGUAGAUUUAUAGCGCUUUUUCAUAACUAUUAAAAAUGCAGAUGCAAAUGGAGGAAAAGCAGCUGUACGGUGCAUUGACCGUGUACCGAGAAAGGGGUGCGUACUUACGACGGUUGGAACAGUUUGAAAAGGCCAAAGCCUCAUACGACGAAGCUUUCAAAAGCACACCAGAUGAUGUCCGUACCCUCACAGGCCGCAGUCAAGUUUGUGCUGAUGCUGUCCAGCCCGUACAGGCCUACGCUGAUGCUGAAGUGGCACUUAAGCUAGCACCUGGAAAUAUGAUUGCGAGGAAUAUGCAAGCUCGUGCCAUGUACACUAUGUCUGAUUUCGAAAGAUCGGUUGUCAUGAAUUUCCGAGGACUCCGAGUCCGUCGCCAACCACCUUACUUCAUGGAAGGUAUUAACCAAGGUGUAGAAACAAUUCAAGAUUGCAUCGGUGUUAAUGCGGGAAACGUUAUGUUAGACUUUUUACCCAUAAUUAAACAAAAUGAAGAGUUAUCAAGGAAUAUCGAUGAACAUGAACCACAGAAACCUCUGCACAAGUGCCGAAUCCCACAACCGGAACGAAAACGUAAGUUAACUCAAAUGGAAGCGCGGAAACAUUUGACGCUCUCUAGAGUACUUGCAAUGAAAUACCUCGGCCCGAUGGCUUAUGAUAAGUUUUUUCUGCAGGAACUCACAGAGGACCGGCGAAUUAUGUCAGCAAAUAGUGGUGGCAGUUUAGAAUUAAGAGCCAUUGUGAAAGAAGCUCUUCGUUCUCUCACGGAAAGGCAAGAAAUGUUGCGGUCGCAACGUCCAUAUUACACUAUUAAAUUAGCAGAAAAAGCAGACUCAAAAUACCAGAAUAAGUACAAAGAAGCAGUUCUCAUUAAGGAACGAGAAAUUGGAGCUCGUACUGCUGAACGUCUGCUGCGACAGAUUGAAAGAAGUAUGAGACAGAAUCGUGUUAUGGAUUUGAUUGCACAAGCGGAGCGUAUGCAGCUUUUCUUAGACAUGAAGACGCCGAGGACAUUACCAGAUAAAGAAUAUUACAUAGAUAGAUUGUACAGAGCCGUUGGUGAAGGUUAUUUAUCACAACAUAGAUUAUCUUACACGCUCAGCGAACGCGGUAACAGACGUAGAAUCGCUUUCUUGAUGGGCCUCCCGGUAGGAAGGCCGACAUCAUUCGAUUCUGUAAUGGCAACUUAUCCUUACAAGUUUAUCGACAUCAAACAAGCUACGGAGAAAGUCGCUGCAACCCUCGAAAUGUGCGAAAAUUCUACAAUGAAAUGUUGGCUUAUGUAUGAGUUGGCUCGCUUAUUGUGUACUCAGAAAAAUUAUGCUCUUGCAAAGUUCUAUGCUAAGCGUUGUCAGAAAGAAGCUCAGGACCUAGGAAACGUGGUGUGGUGGCUGAACGGCUGUUUUGUACUCAUGAGUGGAGAUAUGCAACAGGGCAACGCUAACGAGGUGCGCAUACAAGUAGAAGAGGCGUACGAGUGGUCUAAGAAAUUGCAGGACCCCGAGAGGGUACAAGCUUUCUUGUGCAAAUGUUCGGAAAUGGCGCAGGAGACGGUAACUGCUGAUGAACGUAAAGCGAUCGUGCAACGGGAAAGACAAAUAGUAGCAGUGAUGGAUGAAGCUCAGAGUGUGGAGACGUCGGUGCUAUUUAAGCGCAUGUCGACAGUGCCGACUGGACGACGGUUUUCGGUACUGCCUCGUAAGGCCGAAGCCGCUGAGACUCUCUCAGAGAGGCGACGUCGCAAACAGCGCGGUCUUACUGUCAUUCCUGGGAAGGAACGAGCAUUACCACCACCACCCAAGUCAAACACUCUUGGUUUCCAGGUAUUUGAUAUUUGAGUCAUUAAAUAGAUGUGUACAAUUUUCAAAUUAUUACAUUACUGAAUCCGUUUUAAAUAUUUUGUUUGAAUGUAAUAUGGCCUUGCUACUUGCAAUAUUUAAACUGUGUUAUGAGAGGUAGACUGGAUUCUACCUCUCAUUACACAGUUCAACUUUCAGAAGCAGGUGUUCGUUGGAGCACCUGCUUCGGAAAGUAAACUACCUUACCGACGACCACAGUUCCUAGUACGUAAGGUUCCAGUGUUUCAUCCAUCUCCAUUUAGUAGGGUGGGGAUUUGAUUAUGGCCCACUGACGGGGCUAGCUGUGGGUAAAAAGUUUUGUUUAAUAGUUUGACGGAAUCGGAGGAUAGUGACAUGACAUGAUUGGUGUGUGGGUAGGUUACUUUUUUUAUUAGAUAGAGCGAUAUUGAAAUGGAUAGGGGAGGGCACUGGGCCCAGUCCGCACUAGUACGAAUCCACACUGGGUACAAUCUGCACUUGGCCCAUGUGUAUUAUAGUAGGUAAGAUACUUUUUUAGAAUAGGGAGAUUGCCAUGACUCAAAUAUUUAGGUAUUCAAAUAUUUUAACUUCGUUCCAACCGAGUGUUCCACGAAACUCACACAGUUUUUAUUAUAAAAAAAAACAUGUAGUGUUUACAAAUAAUUUAUUUACAUUAUGGCAUCCAAGUUUGCUUUUAUUAAUUUAUUCUUAAUUUAAUGACUUAGUGGUGGUAAAUGGGUGAAGAGUAGGCGACAGGGGCGGAGUGGACAACGGGAGCAGCGGCGUAAGCCACCGGCGCGGCGAACUUAGCCACGGGGGCGGAGUAGGCGACGGGAGCGGAGUAGGCGACGGGAGCGGAGUAGGCGACCUUGGCGACAGGGGCGGCGUAUGCGACGGGAGCGGCGACCUUCACAGCGAGAGGUUCCCUGUGCACCACAGCGUUGAAACCGUUGUGGGGAUCAGCGGUGUACUCAACAGUGCGCUUAGUACCGUCAGGUUCAACCACGGAGUAAGAGCCCUUGACAACAUCACCGUCGCGGGUCUCGUGCUGGCUCUUGGAGUCGCCAGUGUGGCCGUCCUGCACGUCGUACGCGAAGGUGUAUUGUGGGUGGGAGUCGUACGCCUCUACAACUUUGGUGACGGGGGCGGCGACAUACGCCACGGGAGCGGCGUAUUUAGCCACAGGCGCGGCGUAGGCGACCGGAGACGAGUAGGCGACGGGGGCUGCAGGCAGGAGGCCGGCGCUAGCGGCAGCGACCAGGCAACUGAAUACGACAAACUAGAAGGCAAGACAUAAUAAAUUAAUUUUUUUUUUCUUAGAAUCACUUGAUAAUCACAAUGACAUUAAUACAGUUUGUCAAUAAAAUUUUAUAGCUGAUGAGUUGUAAAAUUUGAUUCUAUUCAAUAGUACUUUUCGUCACAGUUAAGAGCUAUCACUAAGAUACAAAGGUUUAUAAAUAUUAUUAUGGUAAAAAUCUAAUCAGAAACUUCGAAGACACUUUGCACUUUCACGCUUUUUUCAAUUAAUUAAAUUCACAAUUACAUUGAGCUUGUACCUUGAAUGCCAUUUUAGGUAGUGGUAAUGUCCAACAGUGAGAAUGAACUGCAAAAUCGAGAGCAAACUUUCCUUUUAUAUUUGGCGCGGAGUCCAUUCGUGAGUAUCAGCUUUGGGUGACGUCACAAGAUUUGGGCCGAUAAUCGAACCCGUAUGAGGAGCUUAUUGUAACUUUCGCUUUUAAUUGAGGCAAGUAAUGCAAGGUCGCGAUCUUUCGAAGAAUUCGGCCCACUUGUUUCCUCGCAUUCGCACAUUACCUUACAAAUUGUGAUAAAGUCGUCUUAACCUCAAACUUACAUUACGUAGGGUUUACUUUACAUUGAAACUUGAUUGACCUUAGGUUUUGAGGAAAUCAAUAAAAAGUUUUUGCACAACCUAUUUCUAUGGGCCGGUUGAUUUGUAAAUUAAAUAGGUCACUAAGGUCAUUUAUACCUACUAUCCUAAUGACAUUAUAAAUAUGGAAGUUUGUAUGUUUGUCACUCAAUUUAUAUAAUAAUUUAUAUAACAGUUUAUAUAAAUCUUUAUAUAUAUAAUUCUUCUGUGAGUGUGUAUGUCACUGAACUUCUCUUAAACGACUGGACCGAUUUUGAUGAUUUUUUUUGUGUGUGUUCAAGGGGAUCUGAGAAUGGUUUAGAUUCACAAUUUUGUCCGCUGGACAAUGUUUUUUUAAUUAAUUUUUUUUAUGGCGGUACGAAGUUCGCUGGGUCAGCUAGUAUAAUAUAAAAUUCUAGAUAAAAUAAACUUAUAUAAUUAUGUAUCAGUAUAUGUAUUCUAUCGGUUACCCCAGCAUUUCAUAAAACAAGCCUUACAAUAUCAAUUACGCAAAAACCGCUGAACGGAUUUUGAUAAAAUUUGGCACACACAUAGUUAGAAAUAUCUUGUCAUCCAGGAAAAGUUUUCAUUAUUAUACUCUUUAUUGCACAAAAAAAUGUAUGAUGCAAAACAUAAAUAUGUGAGCAAAGGAGGGCUUAUCUCUAAGAGAGAUCUUUCAUUGGGAUUUUUAAAAAAAAUAUUGCCGGUAGUUCAACCGGACGAGGCGGUAGUAACACGGUUAAAUGAAUUUUCCGUCUUACUACUGGUAGCAAGACUUGGUAGAACCAUGGGUAAUAAAGAAAUAUAACAUGGUCAAAGACACGGGCUAAUUUAAUAUAAAAAAAAUCAACUUAUCCAUGUAACAAUCCUCGGAUUCAUUAAUUCAAUUCAAAUACAACAUGAAUUCCUUUUUUAGCAUGAACGUUGGGAUCAAUUUCCAGAAUUCCUUUCUUAUGCUCACUUACGUCGUUAAAGAAACCUUUACUUGACCAAAAUUCCAUACUUCUAGGCUCAGCAGCUUCGGCUGUGCGAUGAUCGAUCAGUCAGUCAGUCGCCUUUUGCAUUUAUACGACGUGCAACAAAUUACCCCACCCCACCCGAUGUUAAAUGUAAAUAUAGACUACAGGCCCGUGGCAAAAAUUGCCGUACAGAAUCAAAUGACCAAAUUUAGCCUGGAAAUCUUCGGAAAAUCAAAAGUUUUCACGACUUUGUGGUGCACUAUUUUUGUACGGCACUACGUGUUUUAUUAUUAUUUUUCAUGGAUCUAUCGAUGGUAAGAAUGCCGUACAAAAAUAUAUGACCAAAUGUAAUUCCUCUAUCUAUACGUUUGAAUUCUCACCUGCACUCAGUUGGACAGUUUACCAGUGACGGCAUAGUGCUGAAUCUUAUUAUUUAAUGUGCUUCUGUCUUUCUAAAUAGGUCUUUUAGUGGUUCAAAUGACCCAUAAAUUUUUGCUUCGGGCCUGCAGUCUAGUAGAGUUCAGUUGCAAAUAUAGAUGAUGCGGCAGAAGUGUGCCGCUCCAGACAUCCUCACCUUGCCUUCCUUUUAUAUAAAACGAGCUUUCUAUCCACGGCUUCGGCUACGCUGACGUUUUAAACGCUUAGGGGAUGAAUAAAAAAAAAGUAAACAUUUAUUGAUAAACGUAAUAAACAACUUUACUGUGUAUUUCUAUCUUCACAGUUCCAUACUAAGUUUCAUUUCAUAUUUAAAUUUCCUUAGAAGAUGAUCUAAAGAAAUCAUCAAAGACUCCCUUAUCUGAGUUCACGCACGUCAGUUAAUAUACCGUUUUUUAUUAUUUUUUAGUAGUACGGGUAAUUGAACUUCGUCGUCCUCCGUGGCCGAGUGGUUUGUACGCCGGGUUUCAUGGUGUCGCCGAUUGAGAGUGAGAGAGGGUUCGAAUCCCGGUGGGGGCAGAAGUUUGUGUGAUGAAUACGAGCAUUUGUACUCCAGUCAUAGAUGUUCAAUAUGUAUUUCUAUAUAAAUAUAUUUAUAUAUGUACAGUAUAUGUAUUCUAUCCAUUACCCUAGUAUUAAGUAAGCCUUACAGUGCUUACUUUGGGGCUAGGCCAAUAGGAGUUUUAAAAAAAACUAGAGGCAAUUUUUCUUAACCAAUUGUACAGUUGACAGGACAGCGGACAGGCGAUUUUUUUAUAUCCCAUAGUACAGUCGAGUGGACCACCGUACCACUGUUAAGUUAUUAUUUCGUAGUAGUACAGUUAACCGGACUAAGGUAAGGCCCACUUGCACCCGAAUUUACAAAAAUCUCGAUUUACCUUAAACUUGAUUUAGGCCAUAUAAGAAUGUCAAACAGAUAUUGACGUUUAGAUGUUUUUGUAUGUGUUAUGUCUAGUAUUACUUAUUUGAUAUUUACCAAAUUUGGUGCAUGAGGGCCUUUUGUUAUGUAACCGUUUCUUUUAGUUUUUCGGAUCCUUGACACAGAGACAAGAUAAAAUCGUAAUUUCAAGUAUUUCUAUGUUUUAUCCCGAGGCUUAGAAGCUUUUUUUGGCUCGGCAAUUUUAUAUUUUUAUUCUCCUUGUUGUCCUUUUCUGCAUAACAAAUUGCAAAUAUAAGCGAAUAACAUUCAUUAGAAUAGGUAAUUUCUGAAAAAAAAAGUUUUAAAAAUAUCACGAAUAAAAAGUGAUGUGACAUUUGUUAUUUGUCUUAAAAAAUAUGUGCAUUUUUAACAUUACUUAAAAUAAUCGGUGGUACAAUUAAAAUAUAUUUAUUCCGUGGUUCAGUUACCAGGACAUACGCAAAUGGAUUUAUUCCAUGUUACAGUGCAUGAGCACCAAGAUAUGAUAUUAUAACACGUUUUUAUCACGCUCAAUUGUCAAAUUACUAUGGCCUUUGACAGUCAGGCGCGAUAAAAAACGUGUUAUAAUGUAAAUUGCAGUGCUCAUGCUACGGGUACUGGAUGGUUUUUAUUUUACCAUAGUCCAGUUAACUGGACUAUUGUAAAAAAAAACUAAGUCCACUCGACCGGAGUAUCCCAGCUACAGGCAAUGCACUAAAAAACAUGCUUCAAGAUUCAGCAUUUGUAGCUAUGCGUUGAUAGAUCAUCUGCCGUCUUUUUGGCUUAUAAAUAUUAUACAUUAUUUAGACUCGACACUAAAUAAUCAAGCUCAUUACAUAAAUAAAUGCCCACCCCUAAAGCCUAGCGCUGCCAGUGCACUAACUAUAGCGUUAAUUGUCAAGCUUCUUCAUGUCAGAAGUUAUUGUGGAACUUUUUUAUGCCCAUAUACCGGACAGGAGUGUAAGAAAAACCGUAGAAUGCGCCAGCCAUCUACUUUACUCUGUAGAUAGUACAAUUCAGUUGUGUCCUAUUUUAUAUACGUCUAUGUAAUUGAUAUGUAAUAAUGAAAAAAACGAGCGAGCCUUACAGUAGUCGCGUAUGAAGUGUAACAUUUGAAACCUCACCUUAUAUGACUAAAAAAGAAAUAAAACCUACUACAAAAGGAAUAAGCCAUUUGAACAUUAUGUUCUAAAAUCAAAUCAAAUAGCGUGCGUCCCAUUUCACGAAAUCACUCCCACAAAUUGCAGGAAAGCGAGAGGAAAGAUGUUACACGACUAAAAGUCAUAAUUUCAGGAUUCCGAUUAAACAAAAACCUAGUUUCUUUCACUGUGGCCGUCUGAAAUGGUAUUUCCUGGACAAUUAUAUGAAUAAUUCUACGGUAGCCGUAAUACGUAAAAAUAUACAAGAUUUAUAUUGAACAAAUUUAAAGAAAACUAUGACAGCCAAGUAGUUUAUAUAGGUAUCAAAUUUAAACGGAAACGUUUCUUUUGCAUGCAACUGUAAAUAGGCUUCAGGCUACAUUUAUUUUUUUGUUAACAUUAACAUGUUAACGUACCCACCCUGUUAAAUGGUAAAUAACGAAUUUGAAUUUAGGAGCAAAAAAAACUUACGAGCUAUAGCUCAUAGACAAGUAAAAAAUUAUUGACCUAAGUACAUUAAGUUGUUAGCUGUGUAAAAUAACUAACAAAAUUUGUGAACCAUUUAAAAAAUAUACAGAAUGAAUGCUAUUCAAAUGAAAUGCUACAUAAAAGUUCACUAUUUGCACUUCGUGCAUGGUAGGUAAGUACUGAAUCAUACAUUGCGCGUGUUUUAAUAUUCGUACAUGGAAAUUGUAUAAAUAUUACCUAACAAUAUGUACCUUGUUCAAUAAUUGUAUUAUCAACAAACAUAAUUAAAACAAAGGUAUUGGUCUUCAGUUCAUUUAAUUUAAAUAACAGGCACUAAAAAUAUCCAUAAUAUAAAAAAGAACACAACAACAUUGCAAUAAAUUCAUCUAAAAGUAGUAAGGAUUAGGUAGUCUGUAUGGUGCGGGAGCUGGAGCUAGAUAAGGCGCGGGUGCGGGAGCGAAAACAGGUGCAGGGGCAGGGGCAAAAAGGGGCGCGGGCGCUGGGGCAAAAACUGGGGCACGGGGGAUGACAGGGGCAGCCAGAGGCGCCGGAACAAUUGGAGCUGGAGCCACUACUUUAGCUACGAGCGGCUCCCGGCGCACAACAGCGUUGAACCCAUUGAUCGGAUCAGCAGCGUAAUCCACAAUCCUCCUCGUGCCGUCGGGGUCAACGACUGUGUAAGAGCCAGUAACCAAGUCCCCGUUGCGGUGCUCUUGGUGGCCCUUGUAGUCGCCAGUGAGGGAGUCCUGGACAUCGUACCCAUAGGAGUAUUGGGGCAGAGGGUCUACGCGUAUCGCGGGCGCUACCGGCACCACACUUGGGCUGGCACUCGCCGCGCACAACGCGCUGAUGAAUACUACAAACUGCAACAAGGAAAAUGUAACUUAUAUCAUGACGUGUUUUAGUUUUUAAUUUGAAGCUAACACAACAGUGUUCCUUGUACAUAAUUAAAUUUCUUUUUUUACAACGCAUGCAAAACAAUGGACGCUUGAAACACAUUUUCUUUUAGCAACAUUAUUCAAUAAUUUAAAUAUUUUAUGAAUUACGAUGGCAGGAUUUAAUUAAACACAAUUGACAGUAAAUAAACAUCUAACGAGAAAACUACAAAUCAGAUUGAUUUGAUACACAAAGAAAAAGUCGCAAAGCAAAACAAUCUCCACGUGUAUGAAGAACACAUUUUUCUAAAAGCAAUUUAGACAACGUGAUUAAUUUAUUUUCAUUGAAUAAUAGCUAAUACAUAGUGAUGCAAUGAUAAUGCAUAUCGCUCGAAUCAUCAAAGUUCGAGAAAGAUAAGCGCGCCGCCAUGUGUUGUGCAAUAGUUGCCCCUGCGCGUAUAAAGAGUCGCAUAAUCGCAUUACAUACGAUAGUAAGUAUACCGAUGACCACUUAGAACGGUCCUAGCGACUACAAAUUGCUUGCUUGCGACCUCUUUCAUAUAAACGGUCUAAUAAUAUUCUAUAGUUAGAUAACUUAAUAAUUGUACCUAUAUUUAGGUCCAUUUGUCAAAACUUUACACUAUGUAUCAAACAACGCGACCUUAGUAUAGAAAUUACAAAGAAAUCGAGGAAAAUAAGUAAUUAAUAAUAACAAAAAAUAUCGUGCAGAUAGUAAAAGUAUGUAAUUAAAAUUAUAAUGAGACAGUUUUAAUUUAUACUUCGUAACUCGUUGAUAUCUUUUCUAUGGAACUAACAAAAUAUAACUAUUUCGUAAGUUCAAACCGAAUCUCUUUAAUUUUGGAACAUGAGAAUGGAAAAAAGACAAUAUCAUAUUCCAUUACUUAAGAAGAAAUAAAUAUAUUUUUAUGUAUGAAAAGUAAUUCUCCAAUACCUGCCUAAUUUAUUAAAACUUUAAAAGCAUGAAUGUUUUUUCUCCGGAAAUUGCUUGUGUGAUUAAAGUUGUUAUCUAGAAGACCUUAUAUUACUAUAAUAGUAACCUAAAUAAAAUAACAAUGAUGUAAACAUACAAUCUGAAGUUUUUAUUCACAAUAAUAUUGUUUGACUUUAUAAAAUCUUUUUUAAGCGUGAAUUUAUUAGCAUACAAUUUUUAUAGGUAAUAAUACUUUUACAGGAUUCCCACUGAAAUUAAAUGAAUUUUCAUAAUGCAGCGCGCAUUUUUAUGAGUGAGUCAGAACAAACGUCGAACGCGCGAGUUGGUUAGAAAGAAGAAGUGUCGCAAACCCUCGAUAUGGAUCGCAUUGCCUAAUGGGCACAUGUCACAUGCAGGGCUUCCAUAAAUACAAUUCAAAUUAACGCUUCGAAAAUGAAAGUGAAGAAAAUGCUAAGAAAUUAAAGUUAGCUCUUUGAUUUUAUUCGAUGUAGAUAAUUUAGGGUGAGAUUUGGUAAUAAUUAUUUUCUAAAUAAUUGUUAAACUACUACUGUCACUAUUAUUUUCAAUAAAAAAUUUAAACGCAACCAAUAUAACAUCAGAGAAAUGAGGUUAUAUUACUAUUUUAUGUUAUUGCACUUCAAUGCUAAGCCACGUAUAUGUUAUUUAUAGGUUAUUUUUUAUUUUAGAUAAUAUUAUUCUGCGUCUAUAUCGAGUAAUCUACGAAUAACAAAAAGCUGCGUCAUAUACAUGAAAAGAAAUCAAGAAAUUAUUAAUUUGUGUUUUACCAAAAUCGUGUACACUAUUUGUGAUAAAUGUGAAUAUUAUAAAAUCUGCAUGCAAUUAAAUUUAAAUAACAUAAAUUAUAAGUACACAUAAAACUUGACAUCCCUACAGCUAUCUUGACGUUUGCUCCUGCAUUGAAUCAAUUAUUGGCCGCCAUAACUCGGGCGGGCACGAUUGCGCCGCGACAAUGCCACACGAAUUUUAACUUGGUCCGAGCCUCUUUAAUAUGAUUAUCACGGCUGUAAACUUACCUACACUUGAUCCACUUCUUGCACAUCAGCUAACUGAGCUUGUUUUUGACAUUAUGCAAUGAUGUUUUAUGAUAGACGAUGUUUUUCAAAAAUAAGUCAAAUUAACAUUUUUUACACAAGAUAUUAGGAAUACGUAGGUAGUGAGUAAAAUAAUUAUUACUUACUUAGAUUAUUGACACAAGAUCUUUAAAAGCCCACUUGAUAAAUGUUAAGGAUAAAGUUUGUUUUACUUUUCAAGUUUUUAUUUCUAAUACUUUAAAGUUUUUUACAGGAAGAAUAAUAAAUGGCAUUGCUUAACUCAAUUUGCACAGUUAUUAUUUGAUAUUUUUCUAUUAUUCGCUCAAAAAAUUGAUAAAUGAAAAUUAACAAUGAAGUACUAUUUAUGAUGUUUUUGUAUUUUUUCAAAGAUGUAAAACCGUAACUUAAGUGUGUGUUUAAGAAUUCGCUAGUUAUCGUAAUGGACUAUAGAUAUUUAUAAAGCUAUUCACAUUAAGCUUUAAUAUACCACAAAAGAAUCUACAAAUAGAUGUAAUUUAUUUAUUUCUAAGUAAAUAUUGUUAAUGCUUUUCAAGUCCAGAUAUACCCAGCUUUCUUUUAUAGGAAACUACUUCAAUUUUUUUUAAACAAAAAAAGACAUGUAUUUUCCUUAUUGCCUGUUAUUACUUAUUUUAAUCUAUUUUAUAAUCGCUACACUUACCUUGGUGUUCAUGUCUGCUUGUGUGGGGUGGUUUGCAGAGUCCUCG